AUGGGUCAAGAAAAAUCGAGAGGCGCAGAGUUGGUGGGGUGGGAUGAACCGCGCUCCCGGCGGAAGCAGAGGAGCCGAGCGGGAACCGUGGCCAGUACAGUGGUAGCAGCUGGACUGACCACUGCUGCUGCAGGAUUUGCAGCCCGUUACGCUUUGCGGAUGAAGCAUAUGGAGCCUCAAGUAAAACAAGUUUUUCAAAGUCUACCAAAAUCUGCCUUCAGUGGUGGCUAUUACAGAGGUGGGUUUGAACCCAAAAUGACAAAAUGGGAAGCAGCAUUAAUACUAGGUGUAAGCCCUACUGCCAAUAAGGGAAAAAUAAGAGAUGCUCAUCGACGAAUUAUGCUUUUAAAUCACCCAGACAAAGGAGGAUCUCCUUAUAUAGCAGCCAAAAUCAAUGAAGCUAAAGAUUUACUAGAAGGUCAAGCUAAAAAAUGAAGUAAAUGUAUGAUGAAUUUUAAGUUCUUACUCAUUUAUGUAUAUGAGUACCAGCUUUUGAUAAUAAAAUGCCUCA